AUUUUCCUGAAAUUAAAGAGCAAUUUACUGGAUGCUUUGAUUUUAAUUUUGUGGAGGCUUUGGGGGGCGGGGGUGUUUUUUCCGAUCGGAAAUGGCUUCAGUGUCGUCUUCUUCUUCUUCUUCUUCUUCCGCCGCCGUCGUCGUCACUGACAGAAGAGGAAUUCCGGCAGCUCAGUUUGUGGAGGACGUUCGUACCUAUCUCUCUCAAUUAGAACUCGAUGUUCAAUCCGCCCUUGCUUUUCUCCAAGAGCGACUUCAGCAGUACAAGUUAGUUGAGAUGAAGCUCCUUGCUCAACAAAGGGACCUACAGGCAAAGAUUCCAGACAUAAAGAAGUGUUUGGAUAUAGUUGCUACUUUACAAGCAAAGAAGGAUGCAGCCACUGGUGAGCCACUUGUAGCAGAUUUUGAGAUCUCUGAAGGCAUAUAUUCCCGGGCUCGUAUUGAGGAAACUGACUCAGUUUGUCUGUGGCUUGGUGCAAAUGUCAUGCUGGAUUAUUCAUGUGAAGAGGCCACAGCCCUCCUACAGAAGAAUCUAGACAAUGCUAAAGCAAGCUUAGAAGUUCUUGUUGCCGAUCUACAGUUUCUGAGGGACCAGGUGACAAUAACUCAGGUGACAAUAGCCCGGGUUUACAACUGGGACGUUUAUCAGCGCCGAAUUCAGCUGGCUUGCGCCAGUGUAGAAGACUCAUAAGUUCUCUCACGACCCUCCGAAAUUUCAUUGUUGGCAAAGAAUCCAUUUCCUGAUUGCCAGUCCCAUCCUGACCCAUACCUUUUGAAUUUAGGCCAUUCAAAAUUUCCUUUUGUUGUCAUUGU